AUGGUUUUUCACGCACAGAUUAUCUCCAAAACGCCUCAACAUCAAGAUACUGACAAUGAUGGACCUGUUCAGACCGAUAGAUUCGACCACUGGCGUGUUUUGCUGGUUGCCCCCUCGCUGGAGGUCCUGGAUGAAUGGUGGCGUCUUACCGACGACUCAAAGAAAUAUAAAAGCGUCAAGCGAAUCACACCCGAGUGGUAUACGUACGCGCGCUCAGAACUCGAUGUGUACUACACCAUCCAGAAAGGCGGACCCGCCGAAAGCCUCGCCAGUCUGGUCGUGCCCAUGCUCCAGGCUGACUGGGGUGGCCGUCAGUGGAACAUGAUCGACUCCCAGCAGCGCGCAACCGACCAGCGCAGCGGCAAUGUUUUCUACAUCCGUUCCAGCGCAGACCCCCGUCUGUUCUGGUACCACUCCGAGCGUGACAACACCAUCCAGCUAUUCGAAGGUCGUGGAACUCCCUUUAAGAUCAGCAUCGCUAAGUCUGGCGACGAGGGCAAGGUCAUGAUCGACUCAGACCCAAUCAACAUCUCCGUUUUGACCAAGGGUUCCAAUGAAAACGGAAAUGCCGUUUCGGCCGGUGACGAUGGCGUCUUGCAUGUAGGCACCAAGCCGGAUACUUUCCACUUCUCGGAUCUUAGGGGUGGAUUCCUGGCUCCUAGUUCAUCGGACAAGCGUAUUAGCAAGGUCUCAGUUGGACAGAACUUUGAGUUGGUCCAGUAA